AUGGUUCUUCUCAAAGUUUCAACAAACGCUCUCGUUGCCGCUCCAUUUGAGCUACAAUUGGAAAGCAAUCGAAUGAUUCGUUUCAUUGCUCCAAAGGCAGUGAAGGUGUGCACGGAUGCUCGCCAGAUUUUCGAGGGUCAACGGCCUGUGCGCAAAAAUAGUGGCUAUACUGUUACAAAUUCCGAGGAAGAAUGGGAAGGAGUUGGCGCAAUGUGUCAAUAUCUGGAUACAGCCAUCGAUGUAGACAAAGAGCUCUUCGAUGGAAGCUCGGUGCUUGAGAUUGGUUUUGCCAGCGGACUUCCAUCGGUGUUCGCCAUGGAGAAUGGGGCUUCGGAUGUUACCAUUCACUGCCAAACGAAAGCGGAAAUGGAUUGUUUCGUGAAGCCGACCCUUUCUAGAAACAAAAUCCCAACGAACAAGUGCAAGUUCAGCAGUGGCGAUAUUCAAGAUUUGAGGAAAGCAAUUGGCGGCAAGAAAUUCGACGUGAUUUUGGCUGUGGAGCCACUUCGUUGCUCGGCGACUGAGCUCGAGCAAUUGCACGAAGUGCUGGACACGGCUUUGGCUGCCGAUGGAGUUUGUCUGAUCAUUUCUCGAACACACACCUUCCACUUUGACGCUUCUCUACCCGCAUUUAAAGAAGUCGUGAAAAGAUUUCACAAAUUUGACUGGAUUGGGAAAUGGGGAGAAAAACAAGCAGACAUUGUGCAAUGGAAGGUUGUACAGCUGACCCACUCGAUCUAC